CGCGCUUCACGAGGCUAGCGCGUUGCGCGGGUUGCGCGGCUUGCGCUGAUCAGCUGAGCGUGUGGCCGCGGGUCUGGUUCAGCCCCCACGCCUAUUGUCCGGUGUGUUUUGCGGUGCCUUUUGCGAAGCCGGCCGGCAACUGCCUGGUGAAUAUGUUUCCCCUACUCGUAAUCAGACGGCGGCCUCUUCAGCGUGGAGGACAGCUCGCACUGCUCUGCUGCCAGUUCCACACCAAAAGUCACGUGCUCCGUUCCACUGCAUAUGCCCUGGAUGCUGAGGAGGCUAGCCAAGCCCCUGACCUUGUGGAGAAUCGGCUGAGGUUGUCCACAUGCGGUGCCCUCUACCAAGAGUGGCGAAAGGCUCGGCGACAGUACCGAGAUGCCCCCACAGAUGGCAUAGAAGUGGACGUGGACUUUGUUUGCUCGGCGAUGAGUGCCGACCAGAGCAGCUUUGUUGAGACGGGGCGGCCCCUGGCAGUCCUGCUGCAUGGUGCCCCGGGAAGCUACCGCGACUUCUCCGAGAACCUGACUCCCCGACUGAUGGGACGUGGCGUGGAUGUCCUGGCUCCAAACUUCCCUGACAUGUCCUUCAGCCUGCGCAACAAGUUCUACUGGCACACGGUCGAAGAGCGGACGGCUUUGCUCAGGGACUUCUUCAAGACACUCGGGGUUCGCAGGAUCGACACGCUAGUUUCCCACAGUGCAUCCAUCUAUCCAAGCCUCAGGCUGCUUGUGGAGAACGGUGAUGCCCCCAAGAUCGACUCGCUGGUCCUGCUGGCGCCAAACUCUCAUGUCACACCCGCCCUCCUGAAGCCGCUCUGGAUGACCGAGUGUAUGAUCCAGGCGUACCGUUUCCCUGUGCUGCGCCCUCUUGUGUCCACGCUGGUGCUCUUCAUGAUCCACUCGGGAAUCAUGCCCGUCAAGCCUGUGGUGCAAGACAUCGUACUCUCGCUCACCACGUACAUGUGGUCAGGCUUCAACAAGGGUGGCGAGAGGCUCCUAGAGGCUGUGGCUCGCAAGCAGAUCCCUACGGUGGUGGCAAUCAGUGAGAAUGACCGGCUCCUCUCGUACGAUGUCCUCAUGGCUGUCUGCACCGUGCUCGGGGCUUCUCCCGAGGACCUCUGGCGUUACAACAAGGAGGGCCAGCUGCUGGCAACUGGCACAUCUGAGAAUUGGCUAAAGGUCCUGAGCUUUGAAAAUGGAACGCACUACCCAUUUGUUCGGCACCCAGACAUCUGCGCUGACGAGAUCGUCCAGCUGCUGCAGAGAAUCGGUGCCCUGCGUUGAUGAAUACAAGCGACGAAGAUGGCCAGAGUUCUACGGCAGCUGCCUCUUGCUCCCCACUCUCAAUCAGACUGUUUAGCAGUGAUCAUUAUAAAGAGCACACCAGGAAUGCGUCAGCUGACUUCUGUGCUAACAUUCUUUUACACAGUACUGGAAUCUGCCAAACGCUUGCAUGUUUUUUGCAAGCCGUUGACUUUUAAUGCUACAGUGCAUUUUUCUUAGUAAUGGGAAAUUACAGUGUUUGGCCAUUUUCCACAGCAUAAGUGGAAAGUAGUGAGGCUGUAUUAGUCCGCUAGUCAAAUGUCAGAGUUGCAUGACUUUGUGUCUGCAGGCCGAGUGACUGCACUUUCUGAACUACUAUUAGAAGAGGUGCGUCAAUUAACACAUAAACAGAAGAAGGAAACAGGACAAGCGCCUGCAUAUGUCUCAAUUUGCAUCCCUUUCAUAAUAGCUGUGCACCACUAACCAGCCCAAUAAGUAGUACUCCUCAGAACUACCAUUUCUUCUUUCUUUUUCGUUUAGUCUCACUCCAUCUUUUCAUCAGGAUGGCAUGCAUUUAUGCUUGGAGGAUCCCACACAGACAGCUGUUUACUAGCAGGGCAUAAGCUUAAGGCUGUGACUCAGUUCUUUUACCCGUCAAUAUUAGAAAAUGUGAUAUUACCUGGAUUGGAAAAGGACAUUCGGUGUUGCAAUGCAUCAAAAAUGCGAAACACGAAGUCUUGAAGUUUGCUGGCAGCAAAGCAGCUACAACAGGACUCUUUACAACUUUAGAUUUCAUUCUGCUGGCCGGAAAAUAAUCCAAGGGAAACUGUGUACCAUGAAGAUAUGCAUUAAAAAUUGCUCGUUUUCAUUUCUGCCUGUGCAUUAGCCUUGUGUACUAAAACAGAGUAUAUGAGAUUUAUAACAAAAAUACUAGUACGCUUUGGAAUGAAGGUGUUAAUAUUUACCUGUACCCAAACAUGUGGCCUAUCAUUUUCCACCUAGAGAUAAGUGCAUGCGCAUCUUGCUGUGCUCCUGAUGCCACUGACCACUUGAAGCCAUUUGUUGACUUUCUGGCAUUGAGGUCACCUCAGGUGACCACCUUUUCUGGAUUUUUUUCUCUUGAGGUUGUGCAAAACUUGCAGUUUGACUUUCGAACAAUCCACUUGUUCAAGCUUCCGCUAUUUCAAGAAAUAGGCGCACUGCCUCUAAGAUCCACUGUCAAGUGUGGCAACAUUUCUUUCCUAACCACGAUGGCCUACCUCCAUGACGUGAAGCACGCUUAACCCAAAAGUCUUCUGUGAAAAAAAACCCCUUAAGUUUUGUCCUUACUAGAUUGUAAGCAUGGGAUUACAUAUUUCAUGCAUGGAAAGUUCAUAUUGUACAACAAAUGAAGUUGUCACAAAAGAGCGCAUAAUCGGAGCGCGCGCUGCGUGUCACGCAAGCCAGCGAGAGAACACGUCGGCCAUGGCAACUUCAACAGAGGGGGAGAGCGCAUACGCCUCGAUCAGCAAUGCGAACAACGGCGCCUAGACGUCUAGAAGAGCAUCGACGAAGCGACGUUAACUGGAGAGAGAGAGAGAACACGCGCGCACCGAGACACCUUCUCACCCAGCGAGUCGAGAGAGAUGGCUACAGUGUGAGCGUGCGCCAACAGGAUGAGUCAUCACCGGGGGGGUGAUGACCGUAUGACCGUAUGGCCUCGACGACGCUCUGACGGCGGCAGUCGAAGGUGCAAGAAAGGACUAGAAGAUUCCCAAGCUUUGGCCAUGCUACGGGAGCACGAAUCUGAUAGGAAGGUUCGAGAACCCUGGCGGAGAGUAUAAAACCGCCGUGCGAGAAUCAGAAGGGAGUUCAGUCCGCACCGGUGAAGUGAUGUAACGUGAAGACCAAGCAUCUGCGGAAGAAGGGGAUUCCCCCCGGAAAGCUAGUCGACGAGUUCAUCGAGCGUCUACAUUUCCGGAAGAAGUUCCUUCUUUGAGAUUUGCCCCGAGCUACGCCGAGAUCGUCUGACAAGACCAACACAAGUGAAUACGAUUGGACACUUAGUGUUCCUAUUCAUUUUGUAAUUUACGUGUUGGACUCUUAGUGCUUGUCGUGAAUUAUUUUUCUUGUGCUUGUUAAUACCCAUCUGAUUUGUGUUGUGACUAGCCUAAGUGUGCACGUGUGUGUGUAACUGCCUUGUGUGAAGAAUAUAUUUUG